UAAUCCUGUAGGUUUGAAGAAUGGAUUCUCUCAAUGUAGCGAAUGGAUCCUUCGCUCUUGAAUUAUUUAAGAAGCUGAAUGAAAAAGAUUCAAAAGGCAACGUGUUCUUCUCCCCAUUGAGCAUCUCCUCAGCUCUGGCAAUGAUUUACAUGGGAGCCCGAGGAAAUACUGCUGCUCAGAUGUCAAAGGUUCUUCAGUUUGACAAGGCAAAAAAUGUCCAUUCAUCUUUCCAGUCCCUUAUCUCUGAAAUUAACAAGCCAGGCACUGACUACCUGUUGAGAACUGCCAAUCGUCUGUAUGGAGAAAAGACAUUUACCUUCCUUGAUGACUUUCUCAGAUCAACUCUGAAACACUAUCGUGCAGAUUUACAAGCUGUAGACUUUUCUGAAAAGGCGGAGGACUGCAGAAAAGAAAUUAACGCCUGGGUGGAACAAAAGACAGAAGGUAAAAUCCGUGACCUGUUGCCGGUUGGCAGUGUGAAUUCACUUACUAAACUUGUACUAGUGAAUGCUAUCUACUUCAAAGGAAAUUGGGCUAACCAGUUUAAUAAGCAUUGUACCUCAGAAAUGCAAUUCAAAUUGAAUAAGAAUGAAACCAAGCCUGUGCAGAUGAUGUUCAAAAAAGCCAAAUUUCCAAUGACGUACGUGGGAGAUUUGUUCACGAAAGUUAUUGAACUGCCCUAUGUUAAUAAUGAGUUGAGUAUGUUUAUAAUGCUCCCUGAUGAAAUUCAGGAUGGAACCACAGGCUUGGAAAAGCUUGAACAGGAACUAACCUUCGACAAGUUUGCGGACAUAAUAAAUCCAUCUAAUUUGGAAAAAACUGAAGUGGAACUCUUCUUACCCAAAUUCAAGCUAGAAAACUUCUUUGACCUAGAGUCUGUGCUUGGCAGUCUAGGGAUGACUGAUGCCUUUGAUAUGGGCAGAUGUGAUCUAUCUGGCAUGUCUGGAGAUCGUGACCUAGUUUUAUCCAAGGUUGUACACAAAUCAUUUGUAGAGGUGAAUUAGGAGGGUACUGAAGCAGCCGCAGCCACUGGUGCUGUAGUCAUGCUUCGCUGUGCACAUUUCGUACCAAGGUUUGUUUGUGACCAUCCUUUCCUUUUCUUCAUCAUACACAAACAGAGCAGCAGCGUCUUGUUCUU